CCACACGACGACCACCACACCAACGGCGAGAUCGUCGCGGCCCUAAAAGCGGUCCUGGACACACCCAAGGACGCCCCCUUACACAUCCUCUGCUCGCCACAACUGAUCAAGGCCCUCACAACUGACCUCCCAAGAUGGGAAGACAAGGGAUGGAUAGAAGUCGCAAACGCGACGUACACCAGAGCAUUAGUAAACCAACUCCGACAGAGAUGUGCCCCCACAACCCUCAAGGAACCCUCAACGAACGAAGAACAUAACCUGAGGACCCUAGCGCUCCAGAAAUCCGCCGAGCAACAUACCAACAGCACCCCAACAGAAGUCCCCCCUGCCAUCGAACAAGCCUUCAACCUCUCCGGUGCAAAGCUAUCGGCCCUAUCACAAGCGACCGCGUAUAGAGGAAUCCGCGCGACCAGCACGGUCGCAACGCGCGCGAGCUCAUGUAAGAAUGAACAGCGAACACUGAACCGCCUCGCGGACCUCGGGCUUAAGAGCGCCCUUAGAGACACCGUGUGGAGAAGCAUACGGAACAAAGAGAUACACCGCAAGAUAGUAGAUUUCCUCUGGAAGGACAUACACAACGUACACCAUGUAGGAACGUACUGGACAAACAUCCCGGGCCUAGAGGAGCGGGCAAUAUGCGAAACCUGCGGCACGACAGAAGACAUGGAGCACAUCCUCACACGAUGCCGAGCGCCCGGGCAGAAGAGGAUAUGGAGACUCACCAAAGCUCUAUGGACCAGGAAAGGGCAGCCAUGGAGGGCCCCGACCGAGACAGACAUCCUGACAGCCAGUGUCGGACUGUACCCGCGUCAGGACAACUCAAAAACAAAGAACUACCUCGCACGCCUCUGGGCGAUCCUAAUCCCAGAAGCAGCCUUCCUGAUCUGGAAACUGAGAUGUGAGCGAGUUAUCGGACACGCCGACGAGGCAGACUGGAAACAUACGGACCAGGAAAUAUCGCGACACUGGCUCGCGACAGUAAACAGGAGACUCCAGAUAGACCUGACAGCGACCAGCAAACGAUUCGGGCACCUCGCCAAAGACAAUAGACUCGUCUGGGCCACCUGGACCGGCACAAUAGGAGACGAGCAAGGCCUAUACGAAGACUGGACGCGAGUCCCACGGGUUUUAGUGGGUAUUGACCCCGGGAUUUGCGCCACCACAGACCCCGGAUAA